GGCUGACAUUUUAGCCACGCCCCAUUCCACCUACGCUGCAGUUGGCAGCGCGUAGUUUCCGACGUCACGUCCGGACUUGUGAGUUACCGGUGUGAGGAUCAUUGUGCUGCUUCUGUGCAUUGCUGCCCGUCAUGUCAUCCCUACUUAAAGUGGAUCAGGAGCUCAAGAAAAAGGUGGAUUGCUUCCGAGAGAGAAUAACCAGCGAGGCUGAAGAUCUUGUCGCUAGCUUCUUUCCAAAGAAAUUAUUAGAACUCGAUGGAUUUCUCAAGAUCUUAAAUGUUCAAGAUCUCACUCAAAUCCAUUCAGAAAUGAAUCUGCCUGUUCCAGAUCCAAUUCUUCUUACAAACAGCCACGAUGGAUUGGAUGCUCCCACACUGAAAAAGAGGAAAAUGGAAGAAGUAGAUGAUAAUUUCCCAGGCACCAAAGUAUUUGUAAUGCCAAAUGGGAUGCUAAAGAGCAAUUCACAGCUAGUAGAGAUCAUUGAAAAAGUAAAGCCUGAGAUAAGACUGCUGAUUGAGAAGUGCAACACGGUAAAAAUGUGGGUUCAGCUUUUGAUACCAAGAAUAGAAGAUGGAAAUAACUUUGGAGUUUCAAUUCAGGAAGAAACUGUAGCAGAGCUGAGAACAGUAGAGAGUGAAGCAGCCUCAUACCUUGACCAGAUAUCCAGAUACUACAUCACUAGAGCAAAACUGGUUUCCAAAAUAGCUAAAUACCCACAUGUGGAAGAUUACCGACGUACAGUGACAGAAAUAGAUGAAAAAGAGUAUAUCAGCUUACGACUAAUUAUUUCAGAAUUAAGAAAUCAAUAUGUAACAUUACAUGACAUGAUCUUGAAAAACAUUGAAAAAAUCAAGAGGCCCAGAAGCAGCAAUGCCGAAACGCUGUAUUAAAACAGUGCGUCCUUGUGGAUCCCUCCUUUUUUUUCAGUGUUUGGAUUUUUUUUUUUCUUUUUUGAACUGAUGAGAAAUGCAGACCAUCAUUGCCUUGUUUGAACUUGUGACAUUCUCUCCACGAUUAAUGGAAAAAGUGUCUGGAUUUUGCGACAUUUGCCAGCUUUAAUUCUAUAUAGAGAGAUUUUCUUCAUUCUUUCAAUACGCCAGAUCAGUUAUUGGGUUUGCUGAGAAUACAUCCAACGUCUUGUACUGCGGAGCAAGGUGCUGCAGUCCAUAGUGGCACUGAAACGCAAUUUGCUUUUACCCCUGUUACAAAAGGAUGCUGCAACUGAAUUUCUUUUAGUUUAUUAAAGUGUAUCAUAUAGUCCACAAAAUAGCCUUUAACACAAAGGCUUCUGGCAGCUGUAAAACCUAUAGUAAAGGAGCCGUUUACUACCAGAUGACCAGUGAUUGGCCACUCUGUGUCAGUUUGUAUGAUUUCGGGUUAAGGGCGCCAUUGUUUUUUUUUUUUUGUUUUUUGUUUUUUUUUUUUAAACUGUCAGGAGCAUGAAUUUUUCAUUGUUUCCCCCCUAAAACCUUUAUAGACCUGUAGGGUGAAUAUACCUCCCAUGGAAGCUAAGGCAUUUUAAGGCCUUAUUACCUUUCACAACUUUCCUUGAAUCUCCGUGUGUUUUUAAAAAGUUAUGUCUUCCUUGGUGAUUGAGUUCCUCUGUCACGCCUAGGUCUUAAACAAAGAUAUUCUUCCAUAUCCACCGCAUCUGUUUGGCAAACUAGGUUUAUAGAAUCAUUAAUAUACUGCAGGAAUAAUGUAUCUUUCCUAUGAUCUUGCCAGCCUCAAACCAUUAUAUACCCCAUAUGUGCUUAUUUGUUAUGUUUCCCCAAUCAUGUCAUCAGUACUUUGUUCAAGCAAACUCUACGGGACGUAUAUUUUAUGUGAGAUCACCUCCAGUAGCUCUGGGCAAAGUGAUUGUAGGUGUUCCCUCUAUUUCUCACUUAAAAUACAAAUCAAAUGUGUUUUAGUUUGGCAAAUUGUAUUGGGAAAAAUCCUAAACACACGUCCAGUGCAGGCUUUAUACAUAUGCCCCCAUUAGUUUCUUUUGCUGCAUAAGUGAACCAUCUAGGGUCACCUGUAAACAUCGGUGUAGGAGUUUCAUGUCGGAUAAGCUAUGCUUUACAUUGUAAGCUUUGUAAGAAUGACAUGGCUGUUUUUUAUGUCAAAAAGAUCCUCCUAGACACGGAAAAGAUCAGAGAUUUGUUUUUCCAAUGAAUAAGUUGAACUCGCCUUUGUCUGGGACCCUUUGCAUUGUUAUCGGAGGAGUGAAAGCUAAUAUAGCCCUUUGCUUCUUAAUAGAAUUUCUCAGUUGUGUUAGACAACAUAGCACUUAUUUUUGCAACAAGAAAAAUAUUUGCAGUUUGUAAAGUUAUUGCUUAUAUUUGUUUUCCAAGACACGUCAAGUACAAUCUGGCACCGGCAGUCUCUGUCCUUGGUUUCUGAAUGCUUUUCCAGCAGGGAUUUGCUAUGUUUUUAAUGCCUUCAUUUCAAAUAUAUUGUAAUGAUUACAUGGCUUCUUCUACUCCAUAUUAGAAAUGAAUUGAAUUUGAUGUCUUGCCAGUACGCUCUGUUACUCCUGCAUAUCAUAUAUAUUGUAAUGGUUACAUGGCUUCUUCAACUGCAUAUUAGAAAUUAAUUGAAUUUGAUGUCUUGCAAGUAUGCUCUGUUACUCCACUUUUCAUAAAAUUCAAGCAGGCUGGAUUAAAAACAUUGCUGCCUGGAGACGAGUGUCUGAAGACAUUAUGUUUGACGACAAAAUUUAGCAUAGUGUAUAACAACAGCAGUGAAGCGAAAACCCAACAUAAUGGAGAGGCUCUUCACAUGGUGUUUCAUGUUUUUUUUUUUUAGUCAUUUGUGUCCCCUGGUCCAGUUUGAUUGGUUUAGGCAAGCGAAAAAGAGACCAAAUUGUAGCAGGUACAGGUGCACAAGGUUUUUUUUUUUUUUGUUUCAAAUGUUAAUGACACAGGAAUGCUAGCAUGUUCUGUGAAAGACCUGGGACUUGUUCAGACUUCCCUGAGAAGAAAUCUAGGCCUUUUUGACCCAAGCUUUUACAAAGCAGACUUUUAAAAAUUGUAUUUGCCUCUGAGGAAACUCCAUCAAGCUAUUUGCCUGCCCAACUAUAGCUGUUUUGUUUAGAUGGCCAUGGCUUCCAGUGUCUUCUGGAAAGAUGAACCUCUCCAUUAUUGCUCCAUAGCCAUCCAUAUGUAAGUACUUCCAUGCCCUUUGUUUAUUCCACCAAAGAUAAUGUUACUAGCAGUGAUUUAAAGAUAUUGUCCCUAACGGAGAUCCUACAAGGAUCUUCUGUGGCAACAGAGCUCCUAUAGGAAAAUGAGUUCCAGUGUAAAUGUUUAAUAUAUUACACUUGUGUGCUUUUGGAGGAAAAUUAAAUGAAACUACAGAUUGUCUGGGCAGUUCCAAAUCUAAAUGGUAAAGAAUUACCACAAGUAAAGGAAUUUCCUAAAGAUAUUUAAGUUGCUGCUCCAUAUAUUUGUUUUCCAGCAGUAAAUACUUGCCCUGUUGACUAGUCAGGAGACCUUUGUGACAUGUAGGCUGGAUUCUACCAUUCUGGUUUGUCAUUUUGUGUUUUUAUUUUUUUUAACUAGAUAUAACAAGUGUAAACAUAUCUUCCAGCAUUUUGGGACAGUCAGGUCUCCACCUGCACUGUACAUUCAUGUAUUUGUUCUGCAGCAUAUGGCACUAUCUUUUACUAUGUUUUUUUUUUUUCUAAUGUUCAACUGGUAAAUGACCAGCUGAGUAUGUUGUUGCCAAGGUUCUCCAGAGACUUGGUGGGACACUGCAUAUUCUUGGACAUGUGGAAGCUGUAGUUCUCGAAUUAUUGUGCAAACCAGUGGCAUAUCACUGAUCUUGUAAGGAGAGGUCUGUAAAACUAUAAGUAGGAUUUUAGUUUCUAGAACCAAGUGUCCAUUCUUUCUUCAUACUAGAAUAUAUUCAUCAGUGGUAGCUUGCCGUAUUGUUAGCCUCAGAUCUAUUCUCUAUAAAUGUUACUUUGGCCAGCAUCAUACUGGGAGGACAUUUGAUUUAUUAGUCCUUUUGAGAAGGUACGUGACCUGUUUCCCCACAUGUAUAGGCCAAGUAUGCACUAAAAGAAAAAGAAACUAUUUCUUAGAAAUUGGUCAUAAUGGAUCACUGCUCAGCAACCUCGAUAGACAGAAUUUGUAUGUUGCUGUCACCAGGGGGUUAAAAGAGAUUGUGGGUUCUAGUUUGGAAAAGAAAAGAGCUUGAGACCUUGAAAAACUAAAAGAAAAAACAGCUGGCAGAACCUUGUGAUUUGCAACACUGCUUGACACAAUUUGCAGCAUGGGGCGAAUCACUUAGGACAGUGGUCCUGUAUUUUGUGGUCCAAUGAUCAGAGCCCACAUUCUUCAUAACAAGGUUUCAGUUAUAUACAUUCUUUGUUGUAUCAAUCUCCCUCUACAUCCCCAGAGUUGGCAGUUGGACUCUUGUGACCCUGCAAAGGAGAGUUCCAUCGAAACCUCCAAAAAAAAAAACUCUUGGCAAAGCUGAAUUUAAUCAUAUUCUACCCAAUAUACAUUGCAUCAUUUUAAAUUGUGUAAUGUUAUUUGUAAAUACUCUGGCUAUUGGAAGCAUUAUCUGACCCUUUAUGCUCUCUGACUCUUGAAAACGUGUCCUAGAAGGUCGUAACUCUAGGACUCUUGGCCGGUGGUGGAAAGCCGGAAGAGUCAGAACAAGAAGCACAGAGAACAGAAACUGACCAAUAAUGCUUUCGAUAGCUGGUACAUUUACAGAAGUUUCAAAUGUUUUUUUGGAAAGUUGGAAUUUAGAAGCUCUGAUUGGUAGCACUGAAAAACCUUAGUUCGUUUUUCAUUCUUUAAUUAAACCAUGUGACUAUUUUGUGAAACCUACAUUUACUAUUGAGAGUUCUGUUACAGUUACUUAAUAUAAAAAGUGUUCUGUGCCAACAAUAGUGACCUGUUUUCCCCCGAACCCCAGUCCAUAUAGUUUGUAGCAUUUCAUUUUAGCUUAGCUGCACUCGGACACAAUAGUUCCAGUCUGCAUAUCAGUACAUUUCCCUUCCUUAUCUGAUUGGUGGUAUCCCAGCCUUAAAUUGUAUAUUCUAAUUUUUAUCAUGGUUAUUUUGGUUCCAUAUUGUAAAAGAAAUGUUUUUUUUUUCUUCUGCUGAAGCAAUGUAUGUAAAAUUUUAAAUUUUCAAGAUAUUAAAAUGUCAAUUGAAUGUG